ACGUGGUGCCUCCGACAAACUUCUGCUGGCAGUAUGAAACAACCUUUCGGAAAAUAAGCAGAGGCGUUAAAGCAUGCCUCUGUACUCUCUGCUACAACACCUCAUCCGCUUCCAGACUGUUUGGGUUAUACUUUGGGGUGUUUCAGUGGUCAUGGAUUGGUGCGGUCGGAUAGGAAUCUCAGUGCGUGAGCUCUGAUUUAGCUGGGUCAAGCCAGAGUCGGGAGUCCAAGAUGAGCAGUAAGCAGGGACGGAGCUGUAUCGACCCUGUAGUUCAAAGUAAUAUGGAAGGUGCCAUGGGCACUGUAGUCCCCACGGGGCUCCCUAAAGCUGACAGCCUACCACACUAUUCCCAUGACAAAGCUCUACCAAUCAGCAGAGCUUAUUUCCCAUAUGCUUUUGGUGGACAAGACACUCUUGACUUUCCUUCUCCAUGGGGCCCUUCAAAAACUUGCAUGAGAAAUGGGCCGAGCCCGGGGAUUCACUCAUCGGCCGCCGAGGGGUCAGUUCCAGUUCGAACCAUUUACAGGCCUGAUAAAGUGUCCUUCCCUGUGGAUGCUGGUGGUGGACGCUGUGCUGUACCGCAAGAGUUGGCAGCCAAGCAAAGGUUGGCCUAUUAUGCUAGCAGUCCCAGACAGCACAGUCCCAGGGCGGCUGGAGUCAUCUCUCCAGUGCCAGUUCCCAAGGGUCACAAUGGAGGAUCAGAUGCAGAAAGCUGUGUUGGGUUGGCUAUUCCAAAACCGGUAUAUGGUCAUAGCCCCUGCUGCACUGAGCGUGGAUGCACCGCAGGGCACUAUGGUGUGGAACAUGGACCACAAAGGAUGUCCCCUCGCAUAUAUGAUGAAGAAUGGGCUGCUCAUUUUAGCCGCCUGGCUUACCUGCAUAAAAAGGGCCAGGAGGCAUUUGCACAACAGAGGGUUUUGCAGUUAGAGCAUGGCACGGAGGUUAUAAAAGAUGGGAAGACUGAGAGUUACCAUGGUAUUAGAUCAAACGAACCCAGGAGGUCACUUUCUUUAAUGCAACCAAGCUAUUCUUACAACACUGCACAUCAAUUUAUUGGUUCCACACCAGAGUACUGCCAACGUGCCCCAAUUCCCCCACAGAUAUACAAGGGUCUUCCCCACACUUAUGACUCAAGGGCAUUGGCACACCAUGGAGUUCCUUCAAAAGUAUAUCAGGAACUUCCUCGCAUAUCUAAAUACACACCAAUGCCUCCAUGUCCCACUGUCUAUUACCCUCAGAAUCACCAUGAGGCUUACCAAGCCGAUCACAAUGUUAUUACAGAUGAGCAUGGUCAGCAUCAUCACAUGGGUCAGUUCCAUUCCCCUCGAGCUGACUUGAUGUCACCGUCCUGCUCUGUUGUACCCCCACACCAUCCAAUAAUUCAAAAAUAUCCUACUUAUCAAUCGUAUAGGGUGCAUUUUAAUAGUAACCAAGCACCCAUGCAUGAUAGGCCACACCCACCUUUCUCUGUGCAUCAAUCAGAGCGUCCACUUGAUUUCUCCAUACGAAGGGUGCAGACACCCGACUCCCCUUGGGAGUUUUCCAAACAGUCUGGAACCACUGGGGCUUUCCAUCCUUUUCCGGCCCACUACAGACGCCUCAGUAACACCACUACCCUUGAACACUCAGAGAUGUCUGAAACUGGCUUUCUUGUAGGCAGUUCCAAAGAAUUUCCCACAAAGUCCCGUGAAGAUGUAAUUAAGAUAAGGCAUUGUGUUUCAGAUCCACCGGACAAAGAUGUAUUAGCUAAAAGGCCCAGAGAGGAACUUGAAAUGGACAUGGCCAGUAAAAGGCAAAAGAUUGACUCAACCCAUGAGUUGUCAGAUAAUGAGCCUCAGUCACCGUCCUCCCCACUCAUGCCAGUUAUUAAUAAGGUUUUUAGCUUGGCUCCUUAUAAAGUUUAUUUCGAAGCUACAGGCAUGUUGUCUUCUCUAGGAAAUUCAAAUCCACAGCCAGAGGCGACACUGCUUAAACAAGAGCCGGAAAUUCAAAACUGUGAUCUAGAACCAAAUUCAGGUGAAAGUGACCUCAGCUUGAAACAAGACACCCAAAUGUCACCAGCUAACAGUGACAGUCCAGUUGAAAUGCCAGAGACUGUAAAGAUCAAAAAAGAAAAAUUGGAUCCAGAUGAAGUGGCUUGUCAGUCGGAAAUUAAAGAAAGCACUGCUGAGGAGAUUAAUCAUCAGGCGGAGAGUUAUGAGGUCAAAGAAGAGCAAGAAGAGCCAGGGGAGCCAGACACAAGUACAUCUGACUCCCUUCCUUGUCAUGUUGUAGUAAAGAGUGACUUUGAAGAAGAAAGAAAUCCUUUCUUAGUAGAAAAGUCUGAAUCUUUAGCCACAUGCAAGUCUGAGAUUGCAGUGAAAGACAACAUGGACUACAUUCCAGUUCCUACGUUGCCCUCAACACCUACAGUGCCUCCUCAGUUGACUAAAUUCUCUGUCACUAAAAUCCCACCUCAUUGCCUGAAAUUGGCCAAUUUUAAAAUAGUCAUCCCGGAGGUCCUGAAAGCUCCAGUAACCCAACCCAUUGAGGUUCCUCAGUCUCCACUGGAGGCCAAGCCAAUUAUAAGUAGCAGCAAACAUGCCCGUCAUCAGUUUAUGGAGCUUCAUCAGUCUCUCUGUAGACUCAUAUACUGCUGCGUUAAUCAAACCCCAUGUCAGGAGCUCAGGGACUGGUUAUGCAGACUAGACCUUCAAGAAUCAGGCAAAGAUCAGAAGGUGUCUUGUCUCUUGGGCUCGAAAAUGAGGGAAGUAUGGCUGAAAGGUGAUGAGAUGGAGGUUGCUCUUAAAAAGGUUGUCUUUCAACUUCAAAAGUAUGUUGAAAGCCGCGAAUGUCCCUUUCCUCAUGUCAUGAGGGCUGGUGCGGUGUUCAUUCCCAUGUUGGUGGUCAAAGAGGUGCUGUUUCCUCAGGUUCAAGGUGCAUUCAUAGACCAGGUCUUGCAGGAGCAUCGAGUGGAGCUCAGGCCCACCACCCUCACAGAGGAGAGGCAGCUGACUCAUCUCCACAGAAAGGCCUUCUCUUCCAAACUAAGAAGACUUCUGUCCCUUAAACAUCUGCCAGAUAUAUACCCUGAUGUCCUUAACCUUCUCUACCAUGCCAAUGUCUGCAAGUUCCUUGAUUCCACUGCUACAGAUGGUGUCCAAAAAAUGCCCAGGAGUAGAAACCAGCUUAACGUUCAAGAGCGAGAACACGGACAGCUCAGAUGAAUUAGCCGGUUGUGUCAACGGCGCUGAAAAAUUCUACCUCGAGUCCUCCAGACCUCUCACACCGGAAACCACAUGUGUGGACAAGCUGGAAAAACAAUUUUGCCUGAAGAGAAAGAAAAAGAAAGGCAGAGUAAAGAUUUCCUCCAAGAGGACAUUUUUAGAGGAGACCAGUUCAUCAUCACAAGAGGAG